AUGAUGCCCGAUCUGGCCCAGCAGCAGUCAGCCAAGCUCGUCCUCCUCGGGGAGAUGGGCUCCGGCAAGUCCAGCCUGGUGUUGCGCUUCGUGAAGGGCCAGUUCUUCGAUUACCAGGAGUCCACAAUCGGCGCGGCGUUCCUCACAAAGCCGCUCCCGGAGUAUAACGUGAAGUUUGAGAUAUGGGACACGGCCGGUCAGGAGAGGUACCACAGCCUGGCGCCCAUGUACUACAGGGGCGCCGCUGCUGCCAUAAUCGUGUACGAUGUCACCUCAGCGGACAGCUUCGUCCGGGCGAAGAAUUGGGUGAAGGAGCUGCAGCGAACGGGGAACGCGAAUAUGAUCAUGGCGCUGGCAGGAAACAAAGCUGACUUGGUCAAGGGUGACAGCAGCUCUCGGCAGGUGCCCACAGAAGAGGCACGGGCAUAUGCCGAUGAACAUGGUUUGUACUUUGUGGAGACGUCGGCCAAGGAGGCCACCAAUGUGGACGAGCUGUUUGAAGAGAUCGCGAAGCGCCUCCCAAAGGCCGAGGUCCCCAGGCAAUCGUCAGGAAGCGUGCCAUUGGAACAGACCCAACCAGCCCAAGCCUCCAGUAGCAAGUGCUGUUCGUAG